AUGAAUGGUCAUAUUGUUACGACCCGCUUAAAAUAUCCUCCGGCGUUUUUUUCUCUCCUGAUAGAUAGUCUGUUCCGAUCUCUCUAUCUAUCUAUCUAUCUAUCUAUCUAUCUAUCUAUCUAUUCAUACAUUUUUGUAACUCUUAUCUUUCUAUCUUUUUUCCUUCCUGUAACUCUACAUUCCCUUACCCGGUAUAUUCUAUCUUUCUUUUAUUUUAUUAUCCAUUUUAUAUUUCUAUCUCUAUUUUAUUAUCCCUUUUAUAUUUCUAUCUACAUUUUAUUAUUCCUUUUAUAUUUCUAUCUAUAUUUUAUUAUUCCUUUAAUAUUUUUAUCUAUAUUUUAUUAUUCCUUUUAUAUUUUUAUCUUCCUUAAGCCUUUUAAGGAAAUUUUUCUAAGUCAGUCUAUUUAUUUUUGCUAUUGGCUCAUCUUUUAUUUCUUUCUUCUCUUUUUUCUUUUCUCAAUUUUUAAAUUUUUUUUCUUCUUAUUGUUUCUUAUAUUUUUUCCUAUAUUUUUUCUCUUUUUCUUUUUUCUUAUUAUAUAUCUUCUUUUUUUCAUUAUCUCUCUCUCUCCCUCUUUUACACUUUCUCCUUUUUAUGCCGGUCGGUAUAUCUAUCUGUCUAGAUGA